AUGAUUGUUCUCGCUAUGUAUUUUUCCCUGUUGGUGUCCAAAGGAGUUUCAGUGCUAACUUGCGGUUUAAAUACCAUUGGGAACAUGAGGUUUGUACUUACACACAGUUCAAGUUUAUGCUUUUUUCAAAGUUUAUUUUUCUAAUUGUCUUUGGAUAUGCUAUAUGCUUAUGAAUGAAACGGAGUCAUUUGUUACAACAAAGAAAAUAAGAAUGAGCAUGAAUCACAUGAGCAGGCAAGGAAAGGCAUAAAACAAUAAGUUGAUGUAACUUCACUUGCUUUUUUUUAAAAAAAACGAUGAGCUUCUUUUCGAUGAAAAUUCUUCGUGUUGGUGUUUUCAUUUUUUUUUUCAGUGAGUGGUUAUCAAUAGAGGAACUUCCACCGGUAAUUGAACCUCGAAAUGCUUCGGAGAUUUUAAACAAACUUUUGAAGAAUUACGACAAAAGGCUGAGACCCGGACAUGCAGGUAUCAUUCUUAUCUUCCUGUUUUAUUCCCUUCAUUAAAUAAGCUGUCUGUUUCUCAAACUCACUAACAGUAAUUGAGGGGCAAAAUGAAAUUUAAAAAAAAAGGUUAAAUUUUUAAGAAUCUUGAAUAUUGAAAAAGAGAUCAAUUUAAAGAUAGUUAUCAUUUUAAGCUGGCAGACACCUCGUGUUUAAAACUUCAUUUAUCACUUGGAAAUCAACCGGAACAAGCCCAGUCAACCACGCUUUGGUUUCAGAAUGUCUUUCAACGAAACACUGCGCCAAACACUGUAUACCUAAUUUUCGUUCCGCGAGAAUUAGCGACACGAAAUUUAAUGCCCGUAUGUUCUAAUAAACUUAAAUGUGCGCUUUUAGUCGUAGACAUAAGAUCACUUCCAUUUUCAAUGCGAGGCUAAGUGCGAAGCCAUUGAUAAGAAAAUAAGUUUUAUUUUCAUGCAAAUAAAACUCAUUUUCACAACAAAGAUUUUACACGUAGCCCCGCCGUUUUAAAAGUGAGAGUUUUUGGACCUCGGAUAUGGGCUAUUCUGCACUAUACGCCACUUGCACAUCCCCCAUAAUACACCAUAUUUGCCCCCACAAAAUUUUGAAUAAGCAUCGUUUUCGAAUUCUCUUGGGACAACUGUAAUACCCAGUGGAAAUGAAAAACGGUUAUGUGAAAUUUGGCGGGGGGUGGGCAAAUAAGGUGCAUUAUGGGAGAUGUGCAAGUGGCGUAUAAAAGAUACGUAGUACAGAGUAUGACGCACCCUUCACUUUCUAUUGUCGAAAAAGAUAAUGCUGUUAGUAUCUCUUUUGUUAUUAUAUACAGGCACACUUCUUCUCCUUUGAGAUAUGAAGGGGAGGAAGUCACGUACGGGCGAUUUUGUCACAUAUUUAAUUCGCCAUGCAGGUGCUUCGCUGCGCGCUCGAGAGCUCCGCCAAUUUUUUUUUUUUUUCAGAACGACCAGUUGAUAUUGGGAUAAAUAUUGCAGUGCUGACAAUUUCAGAUAUUGAGGAAGAAAACAUGGUAAGCCAUGCGUCAUUUGCAUGGCUCAUGAAUGGUUGUGUACAUACUGUUAGGUAGUUGUGUCAGUGGCUCAUUUAUAGUUUAAUUUCUCAGUAAAGGUUCCAACUCGCACCAAAAGGGUCUUCCGUGAGCUAAAUUGUUUCCUUAUAGUAGCACUUUCCUAUUUUUUUAACUGUGUUGUAUCAAAGCUGUUUUUUUAAAGUAUUUUUUUACCACUCAAUUUCAAAAUUUCACUUGAGGAUUAAACUUAAACUGUUGCCAUGUUGUGGUUCAUGAGCUACCCAAGGCAUCAAAAAACAUGGUAACACAUGAUAAUGCUAUACUUUACAUUUAGAAAUUCACAGUAGAUAUGUACAUGAGGCAAUUAUGGUUCGAUAGAAGACUGGCAUUUGGCAAUGGAAGAACCGCCCUCGUUUUGCAGUACGAGGUCCUGAACAAGUUAUGGCUUCCAGAUACGUACUUUGAAAACAGCGUUAAGACCUCUGGACAAAAAGAAACAAUGGCGGUGUUGCUGUAUGGAAACGGUUCCAUUUUUUACACCCAGAGGUAAACUGAUUCUUAAUAAGGGCGCGAUGCCCUCUAUUAGCGGAUUGAAAGGUCUGUCUGUAUGUGUCAACGUCGUUUCCAAGAAUACAAAGUUAAUUUGGCAAAACUUGAACAGUGCUGAAACAAAAAAAAAAUUCGACAAAGACAAGUAUCGGGCAAGGAUGGCGCAGUGGUGAGAGUACUCUCCUCCCACCGAUGUCGCCCGGGUUCAAAUCCCGGCGUCGACUCCAUAUGUGGGUUGAGUUUGUUGUUGGUUCUCUCCUUUGCUCCGAGAGGUUUUUCUCCGGGUACUCCGGUUUUCCCCUCUCCUCAAAAACCAACACUUCCAAAUUCCAAUUCGAUCUGGAACACACGGACACGUUUAAACGAGUUCAUAUGAACUCUUAAGUGCUUCGUGGGUAAAAAAGCAAUUUUUUUUAUCAAUAAUAAGUCACGCCAGAAGCAUGUAACCCCGUUAUAUACUUAUAGUCACGCGUCCGUUUUGCACACCCUGUUGUAUAUUGUUGCGUUUCGUUGGGAGUUGUUGCCAAAGUUUGAAACUACGCCAACAAUGUUGGGAGUUGUUGCAUCCGUUUGCACGACGAAUUGGUAACGUGCAAUCCUGUAAUCUCGAUGGUUAUUUUUGGUAUCCCACCUUCCGGGCAUAAUAGUUUUCAAUCCCGAAUCUCGUCCCGUUUUUGCUUAAAAAUCCCGAGUCCCGAGUUUUCAAAUAAGGAAAAUCCCGUUUCCCGAAAAACCUAUUAGGGGCCGUCAACAAGGGAUGUACGCUAUCAGUUUAAGGAUCUGUUCUUUGCAUGUAAUCAUUUGUUUAAGGGUGACGGUCAUCGCGAGGACUUUGAUGAAUUUCCAGGCCUUCCCUAUGGACAAGCAGACAUUCAGUCUGACUGCUUCAUCUUGUAAGUACUUACGCCAGCAAAAGUUAUAAUUACCCCCCGCCCCCCGCCCACCAAACCUCUCACCACCCAAAGGAGUGGUUACGCUAUGUGAGUACCACCCAACAGAGUAUUGUGUCGACCCGUUUUGUACUAAGAAUGGGUAUGGUAUGUAUUUUAUACAUUGGAACGGUUACCGCAAAAUGAACAAAUGGGGCCGGGUAUUAAUCUAUGAUUUUGGAAUGGAAAAGGAUCAAGUUUUAAGUCACGUUCAGGUAGAGUUAGGUCUGCAAGGAUAGAAAAAGUUGAACAAGGUAGAUUGAAAAAAGGAUUUGUUGGUCUAGAGACGCUAAACGGCCUUCAGAAGAUUCCCUUGCACCUUGCGCAAUGUUAAGUGUCGAUGACUAUAUUUUUCUUUGUAGAUGGUAGAGGAAACAGCCAACUGCGAUACAGAAAAAUACAGGUGAACAUGUUGAACAAAGCUCAAGAGAUGGCCGAUUUUGUGAUCAUGAAUCAAAGUGCAACAAUCACUUCACAAAAGUACAUAUCAGGUAUAAAUUGUUCCCUACUUUGGUAACGUGUGUCAGGAGUAUUCCUUAGCAUUGUAAAACACGCUAUGCAUUAAGCACCGCCAGAUGGACUGGUUAUACAGUUAUUUUUCAGACCCCUCCAGACGGCGAUAAGUGAAAUAAAAGUCGACGCAAAUCCCACUUCUUACAUCGGCUGUGGUUGGAUAAAAUACUCGUUCGGGUGUGAAAUAUUCAGUAAUUCUUGAAAAUAAUUCAAACCUGAAUUUUCUCCCCACAUAGGGUAGUCUAGAUUACGGAAGAUGGGAAAAUUUUGCUUGUGGAAUCCCAGAGUCCAGAUCUUUGGAAUCCGGAAUCUCGGAUCCAGAUUUCACUCACUAAGAAUCCUGAUCCAGAAUCCAAGAAUGUCUUGGAUACAUACAUACAUACUUUACUGAGACUGCCUUCAACAGGGCUUUUCAGUCACAAUUAAGGAUUAGAGCGGGAGACCUUUAUGGUCAUUUAAAACAGCGAGCAUUUGGUUAUAAAUUUUGCGAGGAUCCGAUCGCCUUCACAGUAUUGAUUACUUUUGUUUUGCUGUUCAUGAAUCAUUUGAGCGAUUUUCGUAUGACCUUGAAAAUUGGUUUCGGCAAGUGUUCCUUACUCGUUUUAUCAGCAAAUGAGUGAAAAGAUCAAAACAUGGCCUCUUCGUUUUCCCGCCAAAGAAAACCCUAUUUAAAUAUGGAGAGGGCAUUGUUAGAUUGGCCAUUUGUGUUGCAGUAUGACGUCAAAGCGAAGUAUCUAUUGAUUUCUAGAAAGUUCUCGGGCACGAAGUUUUUUCAGCCGAGCGUUCGCUAACCAACCAAAACCCACGCGGGUUUGUAUCCGUUCGAUUAAUCAAUCAAUUCGCUCUAUUUCCGUUCGUUUGCUGUUUCUGUUUUGUUCGCGCGUUUUCAUUUCAAGGUCAGACGAAAAUCGCUCUAUUAGCUGGAUAUCAAACCCGUCUCCACGGAAAAUGAAGUUGGCAAGUUGCCGUUUUGAAUUUGAGUCUUGGAACUUGAAUACUUUGACUUUAAUAAUAAUAUUGGUUAUUUUAAAAUCGAGUGUAGUUACUAAACAUCAUUCAAUCUGGCACCAUUAGAAAUGACCAUAUCUCCGUUCCGAUAAGUAUCUAAGAACUCAGUUUGAGUUCAAGGUUGUCAACUUCUUUGUCUUUCGCGUGUCAAAACCCUAUUAGAAUGUAAUCUAAUCAUUGUAACUACCCAGCUCGUUUAGUAUUUGCUAUUCUGAGUAGGUUUUUGCCUGAUCUACUUUAAUUUAUUAUGUUUUUUGUAAACGGUUUUUAAAUUGGCAUAUAAGUUGGCUGGUUGGUUCUUGUUGUAGUUGUUGUUCUUUAAAUUGAUUUAUUAAUAUAACAAAUGUGAUCAUUCCAGAAAGACGGUCAAGGCCAAAACCUGAUCUGUCUACCUUUGCUACAGGUUGUUUCGACAUGGUGAAAAUCUCCUUCAUUGCGAAGAGACGGGUUGGUUAUUACUUCAUAAAUGUCUAUUUUCCGGGCACUCUCUGCACUGUGGUUUCAUGGCUGGCCUUCUGGAUGGACCCAGAAAACAUCGGGGACAGGGGAACUGUUGGUAUUACCUCUCUGCUAACUCAGAUGUUCUUGGUGCAAAGCGUUAAUGAGCAUAUGCCGCAUGUCAAUUACGUGAAGGCCACUGACCUGUUUUUAAUUGUCUCGUUUGUGUUCUCCUUUAUAACGCUUCUAGAAAGCAUCACAGUUUAUAGGGCCGCCAAAGGAGGAAAAAUGGAGAUGAAUGCUUCGCCUCAAAAUGAAAGGGUAUGGGCUUACUUUGCACUUUCAAAUGAAAUCCAAAAUUGUUUGACAUUCAUGUCGAUAAGGGUUCGAUUUCUGUUUCGAGCUUCGCUUCGAAACAGAAAUCGGGCCGAAAUCACCCUGUCUGGAGCCCAAGGCCACAUCCACUAACAUGACGCGAUGGACGUACGGAUGAUUGUUAGAACCGAAAUUUCUUGGAUGCGUAGAUAACCAAAUUUUCUCACCCAUGGUGCACCGCUGCGCGCGCCUCGCGCACGCAAGACCUCCGCUAUUGGUAUCCUCAUAAGUAGUUAUUACAAAGCCUGGGAAUCCAGGUUUUCUUAGGCGCCUUUUAGUAAAAUAAAGGUGAUUAGUUCCGUAUUUUUUCACCUUGAAAACAAGUAACUCUGUUGUUUUACUGCUAAACAGGAGGACAAAACUGAGGCAAAUCAAAACAGUGAGGCGAGUGUUACUGUCGCUGACAGGAAGAACAGCAUCUCGAUGAUUCUUGACCCUACACGGGCUAAAGGCACUUCAGAGAUAAAAGAAAAGAAAAAGAAGAAUGCGGACGACUUUAUCGACAGGAUAUCAAGAGUACUUUUCCCGACUGCCUACGUAGCUUUUUUAGUUUGUUAUUUCACGACAUAUACGGCUUAA